CGCACAAACCGGACUGGCGGCUGCGGCGGCGGCCUCUGCUCGUUGGUCAAGGCCGCGAGCAGCAGAGGGCGCUGCCGGACCCCGAUCACUUCGGGUGGGUCGCUGGCUGCUGCGGGCUGGGAAUGGUGGCAGGAAGCCUCACCCAAGAGCCUUAUCAGCCGGCGGCAGCAGGAGAAGGGAUCAGGCCGGGCCCCCGUUUAGGCGUACCACCCCACCCCACGCCUGAUAGGGCAGCGCCACUGGCGAAGACUGAGGUGCCGCUCUCUUUCUCUCCGCGUGGGAAGGAAGCAGCGGACACGCCACCCGGCCGGUCACUCGCUCUAUGGCAGGCUUGGUUCCCCGCCUCCCCUUCCUGCUGUUGUGGCGGCGUCGGUGUGUGCCGUGGUCCUCCUGGAGUCGAGGUCCCCUCAGCACAGCGGCCACCGGCGGCUGGGCCGCCUCGCACUCAGCAGGCACACGCCGGGAGGUUGCUCCUUCGCCCGACUUCCCCCGCUUACUGCCGGUCGCUCCCCGCUUCGCCGCAUCCUCAUGGGCAGCCGCGGCGGGGUCCCCCCAGAAGAAGGCGGGCGACUCUCAAGGAGCCACGCCGUCCUUGGCUGCUGGGCCCGACGGUGAGGUGUCGGACGCCAAGAGGCUCUUGGCUCUGGCAUAUCCCGAGCGCUGGAGACUGACAGCUGCUGUCGGCUUUCUGACGGUUUCCAGUGUUAUCACAAUGUCUGUCCCUUUUUUCUUGGGGAAAAUUAUUGAUGUCAUCAACACAAAUCCCACUGGUGAACUUGUUGACAACUUGUCCAACGUCUGUGCCUUGCUAAGUGGAAUAUUUUUGUGUGGUGCUGCCGCCAAUGCAACUCGUGUCUACCUCAUGCAGACUGCAGGACAAAGAAUUGUGAAACGGCUGAGAGCAACAAUGUUUUCCUCACUCUUGAAACAAGAAGUAGCUUUUUUUGAUAAAACCAGCACUGGAGAGCUGAUUAAUCGCUUAUCUUCAGACACAGCACUCUUGGGUCGUUCAGUCACUGAAAACCUUUCUGAUGGGCUAAGAGCUGGUGUUCAGAUCUCAAUUGCAGUUUUUAUGAUGUUUUUUGUGUCUCCCAAACUUGCCAUAUUUGUUCUGAGUGUGGUGCCACCUCUGGCUUUCACAGCUAUCAUUUAUGGAAGAUAUUUACGAAACCUGACUAGAAUGACACAGGAUUCCCUUGCAGAAGCAACACAGUUAGCAGAAGAACGGAUUGGAAAUUUGAGAACAGUUCGAGCUUUUGGGCAAGAAUUAAAUGAAAUGGAGAAAUACAGGAGCAAAGUUGAUCAUGUGCUACAGUUGGCCAAAAAGGAAGCAAAAGCUCGAGCAGGAUUCUUUGGAGCAACUGGGCUGUUUGGGAAUUUGAUUGUGCUCUCUGUUCUGUACAAAGGAGGAUUACUGAUGGGCAGUGCCCAUAUGACUAUGGGUGAACUGUCCUCUUUCUUAAUGUAUGCCUUCUGGGUUGGCACAAGCAUUGGAGGUUUAAGCUCUUUUUAUUCUGAGCUAAUGAAAGGAUUAGGUGCAGGAGGGCGUCUGUGGGAACUUAUUGAUCGAAAGCCACACCUUCCUUUUAAUGAAGGAAUAGUAUUAAAACAGGAUUCCUUCAAAGGUGCUCUGGAGUUCAAAAAUGUCCAGUUCGCGUAUCCAACUCGUCCAGAAGCAUUAGUUUUUCAAGACUUUACCCUUACCAUCCCAGCAGGUUCUGUAAUGGCACUGGUUGGCCCAAGUGGGUCUGGCAAAUCGACUGUUGUGUCUCUUCUACUUAGGCUUUAUGAUCCAAUCUCAGGAGGUAUCACUGUUGAUGGUGUUGAUAUUCGUCAGUUAAAUCCACUCCGGUUCAGGAAUGAAAUUGGAACUGUAAGUCAGGAACCCAUUCUUUUCUCAUGCUCUAUCUCUGAAAACAUUGCCUACGGUGCAGAGGACCCUUCUACAGUAACUAUUGAAGAAAUUGAAAGAGUUGCUGAGAUAGCAAAUGCUACUAAUUUUAUCCAAAGUUUUCCAAAUGGAUUCCAUACUUUAGUUGGGGAAAAAGGAGUUCUUCUUUCAGGUGGACAGAAACAACGAAUUGCAAUUGCUCGAGCUCUUCUCAAGAAUCCAAAAAUUCUUCUUCUUGAUGAAGCAACAAGUGCUUUGGAUGCUGAAAACGAAUACCUUGUCCAAGAAGCAUUAGAUCGGCUCAUGGAAGGGAGAACAGUCCUCAUUAUUGCUCAUCGUCUGUCCACUAUUCAAAAUGCUAAUUCUGUUGCAGUUCUUGACCGAGGCAGAAUUAUUGAGUGUGGAAAGCAUGAAACAUUGCUCGCAAACCCAGAUGGACUUUUCAGCAAGCUAAUGAAGAAGCAGUCUCUUAUCCAGACUUCCGAAAGUUUGGUAUUAAAUGUGAAAUCCUGAAAGAAAAUUCUUUUUUUAAAAAAAUUAUGAAAGGGGAUAAACAACAGAAAUGUACCACAUUUCUGAGGAUUUUAAAUUAUAUUUCAAUAUAUGUACAAUAAAUGUUAUAUAUAUAUAUAUAUAU